UUAAAAAAAACACAGGUUUCCGGGCGUGAAAGAAUUUAAAAUCCGACCUAAAUUUUAUUUACCACCCUAAUACACACCCUUCCCUCCUAUAUAAACCAAUACGUGGGCGGCUAAGUGAAAGAUCGCGCUGUCUCGGAUGCUGGUCUAAAAACGUCCUACCUAAGCAAAUGCUUUAAGAACGCCCUACCUCAGCUGCCAAAUUUAUAUUGAAAUAGGGCUUUUUCGAAGCGGAAGAAGAGAUAGAGCAUUCUUCAACAAAAUUCUGAUAUAGGGCGUUCUUAAACCAUUUUCUGAGCUGCAGAAUUUUCAUACCGGCAGCCGAGAUAGGGCGAUCUUCCACUCAGCCCUUGAUAUAGAGUUGAUGAAUUUGAGCAAUCGCCACAUAUGUAUGUCCGCUAUAUCGCUUAGGUGCUCGCAGAGUAUAUGCCUUCGGUCUGUUUAUCGAUUUUGAUAGCUCCUACAGAAGUGAUUCUUAUGAACAAAUGAGCCUUCCUAUUUCUCUUCUGCUCAACGUAAGCACCUGGGAUCUUUUCAACUCCCUUUCCGGCCACAUGAUUUUUAUCGUAUUUUAAGUGUAGAGAAGUUUCGAUCUAACGUCGUCUUCUGAGAAUAAGAUUUCUUGUAUAUUGUGCCCAAGGUGGUGAAAGAGGAAGAAGAGUGUUUUUCUUUGAAAGCUCAUACAGACCACACACACAACCCUCUUAUUAUAUCUCUGUUUAAAGUUGCCAGACAACUUCAGUGUUUUCCAAGAUCAUACUGAUGCAUUCAGUAACCACAUACUCCGUUAGAAAAGCAGUGAUAACCAACUGCAAAAAUAGACUUGCUGUGUACUUUGAGGCAAGCGAUGUUUGCAUCACCAUUUAAACGAAUGAUUUUGGUUGAGCAAUGUUGAAUCGCCAAUCUCAUGUAAAAACAGGUUAGGUCACCGGAAUGCUGUGAACAAGCGACAGAACGCAGAAAAGUCCUCAAAGGGUUUGGGUCAAAGUCUACUGUUAACAUUGCGUGGGUGCAAGGCCACAGAGACAUAUUAGGUAACAGUUAUCUAAGUGCAAAAUAUGGUUGAAAAAACACGCUUCGUCGAGAAGGCAAAUAAAAGGUGAUCGGAAGAACCCACGUCUGACACGGCGCGACCUACCUUGCCCAGCUUCGUCAUUAAAAAAUCCGACGCACUCAUUCGAUUCAAUUCGAGAAGACCCCUUACUAGCGCCUGUGUCCGAAAUUAUAAAGGGACACUACUUGAUGGGAAGCCGUGCUAACAAUGUGAACUAAUCUCCUAAUGACUUAUACCGAAACUUACGCGAUAACGAAGAAUUUGAAAGUACGCAAAAUCACCUCUGUUACUGCCAAGUUUUCUAGGGGUCAAGGAGAUGCUCAUUUAACUAUUACCUUUUAACCUGUGUGGCAGCUAGUUGGUUAUACUCAUAGGUGAAUAGACGGGAUCGAAUAUGAGCUUUCAAUUGGUACCGCAAUGGGGCCAUUGGAACUAAAUGCGCCUCUCUCCGCUAGCCGCUUCACUUAACCUAACCUACUUUGCUAAUAAUAGCGCCUCGGACUCAUUAGCAGUAGCAUUAUGAAAGUGUGUCCUCAGAGGUACGUAGAUCCAGAGAUUUCUUCACAGUAUCUGUGUCCAAGUACAAUCAGAUCUCUGCAGGUACCCUGAGGAGUUCCUAACUAAGUUCCAUUCUAUCUAACGAAAAUUCUACGUUACUGUUGAAAUUUUAGCAACAGGUUUUUUCUGUACAACUUGGGCAGAUUUUCGACUUCCAAGUUCCAUUUAGGCCGGGUUUGGUUCAAUGCCCUACAACAAGCGCCGCGUAUUUAGAAGAAUUCCAUUUGGGGGGUUCGUUCUUUCAGCCUGAUACAAAUAGAUCAUAUUGGAUACAACAGUGGUUUAAGUUUCCGGAGUUUGUGUUGAAUCCAUAUACGAAACUUUUCUGAUUCAUUAAAUGGAAGUGAUUUUUUUGUUUGUUUACUUAUUUUCAAUGUUUUUCCAAUCUCUCAAGCCGUGAGGUCAUUCGGACCGUGACGAAAAUUUGAUAUACAGAUUACUAGCGUGACUUUAGUGCUGCCAAAAGUGAACUAUCACCAGCUGUUGCGAACAUAUUCAACUUCCCAAGACAUAAUGCAUAAGAGAACAAGUAAAAAAAUCGUGUCAAGCAUAAGAUAAAACGCGAACUCAGAAAUCAUUAAAUAAAAGGAGUUUAAUAACUACUGAAUAACGCAUCGCUCGUCCGUCCAACCGCCUAAACCAGUCUAAAUGUUCCCGUGGCGGCGACGACGGCGGUGCGUAAAACAAAUGCAACAAACACGUCUGUUACUGCAACUAAAAUGUCGGACGUCGAAAGAGCACGCAGCGCAACAACGACAACAAUAAAUACAGCGACAUCGACAGCAGCAGAGCAAGCAACCAACGAGCAACAACAACAGCAGCAACAAUACAAACAGCAAACAGCAACUACAACUCCAGGCGCAACGGUGAAAUUACAACAUCAACAACUCUAUCACAAUCAGCUCUAUCAUCAAAAUCAUCAACAUCAGCAAUAUAGUAAACCCACAGCGGUAACACAGCAACGCCAGCAGCAACAGCAACAGCAACCGCAACAACAACAACCCCAAUACCAAUUGAUUACCACAGCUGGGGGUGAAUUUGGCAACGGUGGAAACGAGGCAUCCUUCUUUGGCGGCUGCUUUGGUCUGGUGCUGAAAGUACUAUUCUCGCCUCCCGGCCUGGUGGCGCUAGUUGUUGUCUAUUCUAUGCUCGGUGCUUGCAUUUUUCCCCUGCUCGAAGCGCCACAGGAUAUUAAUACUUCGGCGGCAAUUGCAAAGAGUAGAGAGGAGUGCUUACGUGAGCUGUGGAUUAUAACGGAAAAACUCAACGUCCUUUACGAGCGUAACUGGUCAACGCUGGUGCACGAACAACUGCGACGUUUUGAAGACUCAAUUGUGGCAGCGACACGUCAUACCAACAACAGCAGCAGCGUCGGCAUGUUUGGUAGUAGUACAACAGCGUUGCGGCGCUAUGGCAGCGCAUUUGAUACGACAGCAGAUGCGGCAUUAAUGCCCACACAUUGGAGCUUCGGUGAGGCGUUGCUCUACUCAGUGACUGUGAUAACGACAAUCGGUCAUGGCAGCUUAACACCACGUACGCCUGCCGGUAAAAUCGCUACCAUUUUAUAUGCCCUCAUCGGUGUACCGCUCAUGUUGAUGUGCCUCUCCAGUUUGGGCGCGCUGCUGGCUGAGGCGCUGCAAUGUACCUAUGCGCGUAUCUGCUGUCGACUGGCGACACAUCAGCAUCAUAACCAUAAACACAAUCGCCAUCAUCAUCAUGAUGACGACAAUACUGAAAAGAAGAAGCAUCCACCACAGGAUGAUCACUAUCAACAACAAACACAUCAGCUGCAUGUGACAGGCGAAAAGAGCGGUCAUUUGCUGGAGGCAGCUGCUGGCAUUGUGGGUGGGCCUAGCAGCGGUGGUGGUGGUGGUGGUGCUAGUAAAUAUGCAAGGCGUUGUAGUGCGGACAGCUUGGAUGAUGGAGUGUUGCUGAAGCGAGGGCGCGCCGACUGUCAGCAAGGGAAGGGACGUGAGUUCGAUUGCAAAAACUGCAAAUAUGACGCUCUUGUUGGCGAAGCAAAUCCAAGCAACAGUUACGAUUACAAUGGCAGUGGAAAUAUUGCUGGCUGUGGCACUGAUUCUGGAGACGACUCCUGCCGUCUGCUGCAAAAUUCACCAGCGAAAUUAAAUCAAAAUCAAAUGUUGACUGGAACGAAAAUCAAUGCACAAUACUAUCAGCAACAGCAGCAGCAUCAUCAACCGCAGCUACAACAGCAGCAGGAACAACAAAAGAGACCAGAUGUUAUGUUAAUGGCAAAACCAGCUAUGACAGUGCAAAAACAAAUGCAGCAACAAUACCAACAGCUUUACAGCCGUUCAGCCACACCAUCACCGCAACAUUUUCAACAGCAACCACUACAACAAUUGCAACAACAAACAUCAACACCGCCCCAUGGCCUGCAAACAUUCCACAUCGUUUCGGCAAGCUCAUCGCCAACACACCACCACCAGCAGAGUCAACAGCAUCAACAACAACAACAACAACAGCAACUGCCACAGUCGACACUCCGCCAAUAUGCAACACUGCAGCCGCAUCAACAUAAGCAGCAACAACAACAAUAUGUGGCUGUACCCAGCGGUGCUUUGGUGCGCUUUCAGACAACAACAGCAACACCCGCUGCAACGGUAGCCGCAUCAGCGCUCAGUGGCAACAGCAAUAAUUGCACCACCGAUGGCAAUGGUAAUGUUGGUAUAGGUCUUGGUGCAACACUCAUCGCUACUGGCAUGUCCGGCAAUUGUUUUCAAACGGCGAAUGUGCCGCUGCCUGGAAGCACAACCACGGCCACAAUUUACUUUCCCAUUGCCACUGCCGCGCAUACACAGCAGCAACCCACCUAUGCGUCGAUUACGGGUGUUUCCGUUGCGCCGCCGGCGCCGCUGCCCCCAACAGCAGCAAACAGCGAUGUGAUGCUACCGACAAAAGCAAUGGCCGGUACCAGCUCCGCAGCCGCAGCCGCAACGCAAUUGCUUUGCAAUCAGCCGAUUGUGAAAUAUCACACCAUACAACUGUCGCAGGUGAGAAAACAGCAACAACAACAACAGCUGCUUCUAAAGGAGCCCGUAACAUUGCUAGGUAGCGCAGCUGAUGUGAUGCCGCUGCCGCCACCGCCAGCAUAUCAGACGGCUACCGUGCAUGGUAUUCGUCGAGCGAAAUUCCUCACAAAACCUCUGCCACCGGAGAUCAGCACAUUAGUAGCCGGCGAACGAGAUAUAACCUGUAGACAUGAUUUAUUAUUACAACAAAACGAUGGCAGUGGUGGCGUUAGUUGUGGCAUAAAUGGUGGAAAUAAUUCAACAAAUACUACCACAACAGCAACACAAUCGGCUACAACAACACCAACCACUUCAACAUUGAAUGCAACAAAUGCAACUUCCAUUGCGAUGUUGACAGCUGGAUUGACAGCAACAGCAACAGCAACAACAUCAAUAGCGGCGGCGACGUGUAGCGGUAAUCCGCCAACAACAACAGCAGUUACCACACAAUUGGGUGCUUUGAUGUCGGGCCCAGCGUCUAUGGUUGGUUCGAAUGCAACUGUCGACAUAAUGGAGGAUGAGGAAGAGCAUGAACAGCAGCGUUUGGGCAAUUGCCCACAUGGUACGCCAUCACGCGUACCGCUCAUCGCCGGCGGUGGCAACAGCACCAGCAGCAGCGGCAUGGGCCAAAACAACAGCAACAGCACCACGCAUACAGAUGAUCAGAGAGGUGCGCGCAGCCUCCUAAACGCUACCGCUGCAUCCUUUCAUCGUCACACCCUCAAUACAUUCCAACGUAACGCCGCGUUACGCAAAUCCGCCAAUUUCACCGCCAUACGCCGCGCUGGCUGCAACGUCCAUACGACAAGCCAUCAUAGAAGUGGGAAAGUGAGCAGCUGCUAUGGCGACACGGUAACCGAUGAAACCUCCGACGAUGGGGAGGACGCAGCUUACAUGCAACGCGAUGCGACGCCAUCCGAACAAUUCCGCCUCACAAAACUCAACAGCAACUGCAAACAUAAGAGGAAGCAUCACAGCAGCUGCGCGCACACGGCGGACGAACAUGAUUACUGCGAUGCCAGCGGUGCGUCCACUGACGAUGCAGACGGCGAUGAAGAUGCCGCCUCAAUGACAGACCCCGACGACGCUGGCCCACAGGUGCCCAUCAGCAUUGUGCUGCUCAUACUCAUCUGCUAUAUUUGUUUGGGUACUGUGAUUUUUGCUUUCUGGGAGAAUUGGUCCAUUGUGGAUGGCGCCUACUUUUGCUUUGUCACCUUGGCCACCAUUGGCUAUGGUGACUUUAUACCCGAGCGUACUUUUCAUGGGCCGCAUGUGCAGCUCUUUGCUUGUUGCGCUUAUUUGCUGCUCGGCUUGGUGUUGGUCGCCAUGUCUUUUAGCAUACUGGAGACACAGCUGAUGUGGAAGUGCAAACGAAUUGCGGUGCGACUGAAGUUGGCCAAUGAUUGAUAGUGGCGUAGGAUGUUGUGGCGGCGUAGAAGCGCUGGAGUGGUGGCGCAAUUUCUGUAGAAUACAUAGAAAGCAGGGAAAGCUUAUAAACAAUAAGCUAUGAAUAUGUGUAGCUGCAUAAGUAGAGGAUAAUUAGUGGUUAUAUGGGAAAUGUAAAUAUGUAUGGCGUAUAAGCUCUUCUAAGCGUAAAAUGUAAUAUACUUACAUACAUAAGUAAAUAGAUUUUAAAUGAACGUGUUAUAUAGGAAUAUUUUUAGUAAAACGUAGAAGUAAGCCAAAAACGUUCAGAUCCUUCAUUAUUUGACUGUUCUUAGUUGCUACUUAGAAUGACGUAUUAGCUAAUCUUUGGUAGUAGUUUCAAAUAAUUUACAGCCAUAAAAAAUAUCUGAUUCUUCACCUUCUUAUUUGGCGUUGUAACCGCCUUAGCGAUUUGGCCGCGUUCAACAAAGCACGCCAGUCGUUUCUCUGCUGUGGCAACUGACGCCAAUUGGAAAUGCCAAGUGAAGCCAAGUCCUUCUCCACUUAGUCUUUCCAUUGCGUUGGGAGCCUCUGUGCUUGCUGUUUUUGCUCGCGGACAUAUUUUUUGCAUGUUCUGACAUGCACUAAUUUGACAGAUAUUUUUUUAUAGUAAACUAUUAAAAAUUUAUAGUAAACUGUUGAAAAAAAAAAAUUUCAAAAUUAUUAUUAUUUUUUGUACCAUCAUCGCGUACCUUUUUUCUUUAGUUUUAUACCAAGCAAAACUUGUGAGAGCACAUUUCGUUACCUAAAGGGGAAAAGGUGCCAAGAAGAUUUUUUGAAACUGUUCAGGAGAGACGAAAAAUCGAUGUAGUUUCGCAUUAUCUUGAAAUUUGAAAACUAAAUUUUGAAAAAAAGUGGACUUGACACGUUUAGGUGGCAAUAUCUUUAUCAAUACACAUAUUCGAAUCCGAUUGAAUUUUGAAGCAAAACUCUUAAAUACAUUUAUUUUAAGUAUGGCAAACCUAUUUAAAAUUAAUAGAAAAUUUAUAUUCAAAUUUACAUAAUUUUAGCUAACUUAGUUAAUCCUCUACCGCAUACGAAGCCAAAUAUUGUGUCACUAAUUCGACAAUUUUUUCCAACCUAAUGAGAGUAAUAAAAAUGUAUCAAACUCAUAAAAUGCAUUUAGAAGUUAACUAUGAAUAACGGUACGUAAUUUGCCCAUUUUUAAAUGAUAUUCGUGGGUGCUUGGUCGAAAAACCACUAUUCGUGUGCGCGGAACUCAAAUGAAAAAAGGAACAGGAAAAUUGUUCUCGAAAAAGAUUUUUUUAUUUUUCAAAUCACGAAUGCUCUUAUGUGUCUAUUGAUAAUUAGUUUACCGCUACUUACCUUUUUAUACCCGAGCGCUCUUGUGCACAAGGGUAUUAUAACUUUUUUCACAUAACGGUUGUUUGUAACAGGCAAA